AUGGCCAGGACAAAAGCCUGGCGGGAGACUCCACGUCUCCAAUGGGUUUCUCAAGCUUAUCAAGAUCACGCACACCAACCUGCGAUUCUCAUGACACUCAAAGAGACCAACUCGGAAGCCUUGCCAGCUCAUCUUCCACAAAUCGCCAUUCAGGUUUACCGUCCCCAUAGAAUUGGGCUCUGA